AUGUUUGGUUCAAUCAAGUCAUAUAUUACAAAUAAUGUUACAUCAUUAUGUUUAAAUUCAAAUAGUACUUUGGCAAAUCAAAUUAGAAAUAUAUCGACAUACAAACAGAAAACUAAACAAGCAUGUUCAAAGAGAUUCAUGUUGACAAAGUCAGGUAAUGUAAAGUUUCACCCACGUUCCAAUCCCGGAAAAGUCUACUACGUCACUGGUACCCCCGUUGUCAAGACAUUCAGAAAUGCUUUAUUCGCACAGAAAUACACUAAAUCAAGUUUAUACCCAAUCGAAUGGAACGAAACUAGAGUAGAGAUCACUGAAUAUUUCGAAGAUGAAGAACCACAACAAUAA